AUGCAGAAUCACGGGACACGUGGGACGCGCAAACCAGGCGGCAAGAGGAAGCUCUGCGACGGAAACUCAGAAACAGCCGAAGACUUGGUACGAAAUAGUCAAGGCACAAUUCCCGAUCUUUUCUCGAGGGGGAGGAAUACCAUAUUUGGCCAUAAGAGUCGGCAACUGUCACCAACGAGCAAACGGCUGAAGCGGAACGAACUUGAUCCCCAGCAGCAAAGCCCGUCCAAACAGUCGCAGCCAGCUCAAGAACGUAUCCCCGUGGAGAGAAUGUACAACUUUCCGAACCAAAGCGCCAAAAGCUCCUCGCUAGGGCAGCAAAACAGUCGCACCGUCCCGCGGACGUACCUAAACCCAUCGUCUACCCCGUCGAACUUCACACCUCACACCGGGCCUAAGCGGCUCACUGUCAAGAACCUCCGAGUGGUGCCAAAACUUGACCAAGAGCAAUAUUUUGAGAAGAUCUGGGCUCAGCUUAACACCGCCUUAACGGCGAUCUUUAAUGAACAAAAGCCGUCGUUCUCAUUAGAGGAGCUGUACAAAGGGGCUGAAAAUGUUUGCCGCCAGAAACGUGCCCAGAGCUUAGCAAAGAAGCUCCAAGAGCGCUGCAAAGUUUACAUAUCCGAGAGUGUACUCCCAUCCUUGCUGGCAAAAUCGAAAGAUAGUGACGAUAUUGUUGUGUUGCGGGCGGUGGAGGCAGCAUGGUCGGCGUGGAGCUCCCGUUUAGUUACAAUACGAUCGAUAUUCUACUACCUAGACCAGUCCUUCCUUCUUCGCUCCCCGGAGCACCCAACCAUCUAUGAAAUGGGCACGAUCGGGUUUCGGUCUAUUGUCUUCUCCAACCCAUCUCUCAAGCCGAAAAUGCUGCAAGGAGCAUGCCAGCUAGUUGAUCUUGACAGAAAUAAUGAUGCAUCUUCUGAUUCUACGUUGCUCAGGAACGCUAUCAAGCUAUUCUCGGACCUAAGAGUUUACAAAAGUGAAUUCGAGCCCGCUAUGCUGGAGGCUUCAGACAGAUAUUUAAAGGCAUGGGCGGAUAAUGAAGCGAAUUCGAGUUAUCUUGCUACAUACGUGAGUAAAAGUCACCGGGUUAUUGAAAAGGAGAUGGAGAGAUGCGAUCUUUUCAACCUUGAUAUCGACACAAAACAACGCCUAUCGGAAAUGCUUGAUAAGCGCCUGGUAUCAGAUCAAAGUGACACGCUUCUAAAAGAAAGCGACGUACUAGGCCUCCUCAGGACAAGUAACCAAAUUGCCCUUGGGGAGCUAUAUUCACUACUACAGAGAAUCGACCUGGGAUCGAAGUUAAAACCUGCGUUUACCUCUUUCAUCUUAGAAGAGGGCUCUUCAAUUGUUUUUGAUAAGGAAAGAGAAGGCGAAAUGGUCGUUAGGCUUCUCGAUUUUAAACAAAACUUGGAUGAUAUCUUGGCAAAGUCCUUCCAAAAGGAUGAGCUUUUAGCUCGCGCUCUCAGGGAGUCAUUUGAAACGUUUAUCAACAAGAGCCAAAAGGGUGGUGAUGUUGCCCAGCCUGGAGAAAUGAUUGCAAAACAUGUGGAUCUACUGCUUAGGGGGGGACUUAAAUCGAUCCGCAAACGCCAAGUCCCACUGAAAAAUGACGAAGACAUUGCAAUGAUUGACGAGGAUGCCGAACUAAACAAAGCACUUGAUCAGGUCCUUGAUCUGUUUCGUUUCGUUCAUGGCAAAGCAGUCUUUGAGGCAUUCUAUAAAAAUGAUCUUGCUCGUCGUCUCCUUAUGGGAAGAAGCGCCAGCGACGAUGCAGAAAAGAGCAUGCUGGCUAGAUUAGCAUCAGAAUGCGGUUCAAACUUCACACACAAUCUCGAGUCUAUGUUUAAGGACAUAGAUCUUGCUCGUGAUGAGAUGGCUUCAUAUAACGCUCUACUGCGCGAAAAAAGGGAAAAAACAAAUUUGGACCUUUACGUCAACGUCCUUUCAUCUGCAGCCUGGCCGUCUUACCCAGAUGUGCCUGUAAAAGUGCCUCGAAUAAUAUCGAGCGCACUCUCCGAUUUCGAGCACUUUUACAACAACAAGUAUAACGGCAGGAAGCUUAAUUGGAAACACUCUCUUGCCCAUUGUCAAUUGAAGGCGAGGUUUCCUAGCGGUAACAAGGAGAUCGUUGUCAGUUCGUUCCAAGCCAUUGUCCUGCUCUUGUUCAAUGAUGUAGCAGAUGGACAGACGUUAUCCUAUCAUGAUAUCCGGGAUGAGACAGGUCUUUCCGAUAUUGAAUUGAAGCGUACACUUCAAUCCCUUGCAUGUGCUAAAUACCGAGUCCUCAUCAAACAUCCAAAGGGAAGAGACAUUAACGCAACUGAUACCUUUAGUUUCAACACCAGGUUUUCAGACCCAAAGAUGCGGAUUAAAAUUAACCAAAUCCAGUUGAAAGAGACUAAAGAGGAAAACAAGGAAACGCAUGAACGUGUUGCGGCAGACAGGAAUUACGAAACCCAAGCAGCCAUUGUGCGCAUCAUGAAGAGCCGGAAGACCAUUUCUCCGCAGGAGCUUAUCGUAGAGGUGAUUAAGGCAACAAGGAAUCGCGGUGACUUGGACCCAGCGGAUAUAAAGAAAAACAUCGACAAGCUUAUUGAAAAGGAGUAUAUGGAACGAGACACGGAGUCAAAUAAGUACAAGUAUAUAGCAUAAAAGCGCUUGCACCGAGUACCGAUCAG